GUGACCGGGAGUCCCUUUGGGCGAACCCGGCUUCCCCCCUUUGCUUGUCAUGGUAGCUCCUAGCUUCAGAGGCCCGGCCAGCCAGAGAGAGAGAGAGAGGCUGUACAAUACUCAGACUCUCUGAGCGCUUUGCAGUGUCAGCUGCUGCCAAGAGGCAACUGGAAGAAAGAUCGGUGGGGGGGCUAGAUGCAUGCUUUUUAAAAUUCUAUUUUAUUACAUAUAGAGCUAUAUAGCUUUGAUUCUCCCUCUGCAAAGUUUUGCUGCUUGCAGUUCCCCGCAGCCCUGGAGGAAACUACAAAGGAUUCCUAGUGGGGGGGAUCCCUCCCCAGAAUUGGAGGAAGGGGAUUCUGGUUUUGUUUUUUUGUUUUAAAAUAUUUUAUUGCUGUGUAUUUUUCUUGGGAGGAGCCGCCCGAAUCUUGAGAUUUCCUCCCCCUCUAGAAGCUGGCAACAUCUCGACGAAGGAGGAAUGAACGCAGUGGGGAAAGAGGAAGGAUCUUGAUUUGGAUUUUAUUUUAUUUUCUUAAAGAAGAGUUAUAGAGAUAAGAUUUAUUCGUUUUAUUAAAAAAUAAGCAGAAGAGAAUUGCGGGGGCGAGUAAUCGGGAGAAGCGAGAAAGAAGAGAUCCCCCAGCGACCCGCCCCUCCAAAAAAAAGAAGCCACCAUGGAGAAGAGGGAGGAGAUGGGGAAGGCCACCGAGAGGGUGAAGCAACAGCCGGGUGAUACUCAAGCCCCAAAGCCAAAGGGGACCCUCCCGGAAGUGACUCAGCCCCCCACAAGUGAAAGGACUAGCCCCUCGCCUGCUGCAGUGCCCCUCGGAGGGGAGAUGCCCACUCGCCGGAGUGACCAGUGCCCCCCUGCCCACCCGUCAGCGGCCACCCCUCCUCUGCCUGCUGCUCCUCCGACGGAAGCAACCCGGCCCACCCAGAAGGGCCACCCAAGUGUCGAGACAGCCACCGUGCCCUCAGCUGAAGCGAAGCCUGCCCCUCAUCCUGACCGGGCCAGCCCCCUCUCUGCCCCCGCACUUCCUGCGGUGGAGACACUGCCCCCUAAGAGCGACCGCCCCCCGCCGAUAGGGGCCCCCACCACGCCUCCCACAGAAGCCACAAGUCACCAAGAAAGUGCCCGGCCGCCCCCGAAGAGUGAGCAGCCUCCCUCUGGUGGACCAGGGCCUACGAGCCCCCGGACCAAACAAGAUACGCAGAAGGCUCAAGCCAGGCACAAGUUGGCCCGGGAGAGGCGGGAGGAACGUGCCAAGCAUCUAGCUGCCAAGCGGGCCCUAUGGCUGGAGAAGGAGGAGAAGGCCCGCGUGCUCCGCGAGAAGCAGUUGGAGGAGCGGCGGCGGCGGCUGGAAGAGCAGCGGGUCCGGACCGAGAAGCGCCGCGCUGCCCUGGAAGAGCGCCAGCGGCAAAAGUUGGAGAGGAACAAGGAGCGCUACGAAGCUGCCAUUCAGCGUUCAGCAAAGAAAACUUGGGCUGAAAUCCGGCAGCAGCGGUGGUCUUGGGCUGGUGCAUUGCACCAGGGCUCUCCCGCUCACAAGGAUGGUGCAAGCAGGUGCUCCCUCUCUGCCGUAAAUCUCCCCAAACAUGUGGACUCUAUAAUCAACAAACGCCUCUCCAAAUCCUCCGCCACCCUCUGGAACUCACCCAGUAGAAAUCGCAGCCUGCAGCUCAGCCCCUGGGAGAGCAGCAUCGUGGACCGCCUCAUGACGCCGACACUGUCCUUCUUGGCCCGUAGCCGGAGUGCCGUGACGCUUGCCGGCAACGGGAAAGACCAAGCAGCACCUGUGUGCCCUCGCUCCGCCUCUGCCAGCCCCCUCAGCCCCUGCAAAAACCAACGCCUGCACCACCGCUGCUCAGAGCGACGACGGCCCGCAACCAGCAGUCCUGACACGACACCCCGACACAGAGCAGAAGCUUCACCGAAAAAGAAAGAGAAGAAGGACAAGGAGCGGGAGAAUGCCCAAGAGAAGAGUGCGAUAGCCCUGCGCAAGCGCCAGUCGAUGCCGACCGGCCAGGCACGCCAGCUGCACACACCUGAGAGGAGCCCAGGCCCCAAGCCCAGGCCUGCCUCGCCAGCUGUUGCUAAGCAACGCCCAGCCUCGCCAAGCACAGGGCCCGGUUCGCCACACCGGCCAGGCCUGAACCGCAGUGCCCACUCCUCGCCCAAGGUGCGGCCCCGCAGGGAGCACGACGGCCAGCCCAAGGUCCGCGAGCGCAAAGAUGACGAGAAGGAUCGAGGAGCAGCCUCCCCUGCCCCAGGCGAGACCCCCAAGGUCACGGGGGGCAGCGAAGCAGCCCCAGAUGCUGUGGCUCCCUCCAGCGCCGCUGCCAGCCCUGUUCCGACGCCUCCUCCCUCCACUCCGAGCAAACCCAUGGCGGGCACCACAGACCGGGAGGAGGCUGCUCGGCUCCUCUCUGAGAAACGGCGCCAAGCAAGGGAGCAGCGAGAGCGCGAGGAGCAGGAGCGCAGGGAGCGUGAGGAGCAGGAGCGGCGUAUCGCUGAGGAGCGAGCCCAACAGGAGGUCAAGCAGCGCAUCCAGCAGCAGGCCGAGUUGGCCCGCCUGGAGGAGGAGCGUCGGCAGCAGGAGGAAGAGCAGGCCCGACAAGAAGAGCUGGCAGCCCAGGAGCGGGCCCGAGCUGAGCUGGAGGAGCAAGAGCGGCUGCAGAAACAAAGGGAGGAAGCCGAGGUGCGCGCACGAGAAGAGGCCGAGCGCCAGCGGGUGGAACGGGAGAAGCAUUUCCAGCGGGAGGAGCAGGAGCGACUGGAGCGGAAGAAGCGGCUGGAAGAAAUCAUGAAGAGGACACGGAAAGCCGACGGAGCUGAAGCCAAGAAGAAAGACGACAAGAAAUUGGUGAAUGGGAAGGAAGGAAAACAAGACACCGAGACAGGCAUAGGUGGCGAAAAGCGUUCCGGAAGCCUCCCCAAGGAAGAAGAACUCCCGGAGAUGCAGGCCUCAAGUCCAGCUGGCCACAAGGUGCCAGCGCCCGAUGGGACCCAGCACAGCUCCUCCGUGACCCCCGCCCUGUCCCUGGUGAACGGCCUGCAGCCGGGCAAGCAUGAGAAUGGCUUCUCCUCCCCGAAGGAGCCCAGCAGGCAGGAACGCUUGGCCAGCUCUGGGCUGGGCAUCCCUGGAGAGGCCAUCCUGCCCUUCGCCAACAAGGAGCCCUUUCUCACCAAGGCCGUGGCCAAGGCCCCACAGGUCACAGAGGUUCUGUAGAUAGCGGUCCUACCCUCCGCCAAAAGAUGGGUACGACCAUGUGCCAACUCCAGGCCAACUGUAACCAGAAGAUCGUCCGGAUACUCCCCACACCGCCUUGAUCAAGGAGGCACAGGGAGCCUGGCUAGGGGGCAGCCCAGCCCCACGGAUUUCCUCUUCCUCUUCCUGUUCUCAUUUUCUGACGAUGAUGAUGAUGAUGAUUUUUAAUAUGCACCUUAUCAGACUGACCCCCAACCCAUAGCUCCUCCCACAAGACUAAAUAAUCACAUAGUUAUUUAACUGGCUGGGUUCAAUGGAUGUGAAUAAAUGUACAUAAACAUCAGUGUUAGCCUGGGGUGGGCCAGUAGCUGCCCUUGAGGCGGCACUGCCCACCCCCCACAGGCCACAUGUGUUCAUGGGAAGCUCCUUUGGGUUUUUCCCCCCCCUUUUUUAUUAUUUGGACAUGGGUUGGGGUCAUGGCAGGAGAAAUCGGAUCCCUGUACAUGGGUGGGGUCUGUGUGCGUGCGUGUCUGUGACAGCCAACGGAAACCAAGGAAGCUAGGACUUUAAUUUAAACUCUCACAUGGGUCUCAGCCAGAAGCAGACCUGCAGGAUGUGUGCGUGUGUGUGCGUGCGUGUGUGUGUAUGUGCACUGUUAGCCACUCAACAACUGCCAUUGUCCCACACACUGUGCUUUUUUUGGGUGCUGCUGUUCUUGCACGUGUGAGUGAGAGAAGAAGAGAGGCGGUUGGGACCGUUUUGCGCUCGGUGUCAUUGUGACAGUAUUACGCAUCUGAACAACUUUUGUGGACAAUAAAAUGGAUAAAAGGGC